CAAACUCCCUCACAGUCACUCGCGGGUUAACUUCCUGAGGUGUACGGCUUCUGACUUUCUCUCUCUAUUCUCUCUCUCCUCCGUGUGUUUGUUUGGGAAUGCGAAUACUCUCGGCCACGAUCCUUUUGCUUAUCGAAGUCAUUAUCUUUCUCUCUCUUCCUCUCUUUUUCUCUCUUUUUAUAUCGGUCUAUUUUUUUGCGGUUGUGCUGUCGAACCUUGCCGGCGGAGAGUGGUGGAGCUCAGUGGGGGGUCGGCAUUUUUGUCGGCGGACCAACCAAUUCCAUUUCGGGAUUUGAAUUUCGCUUCCCAAUUGGGACGAUCCCAUUCAGAGGCUUUAAUUGAUCUGGGAAAUGCAGUAGGAGUUGGGUGAGUUUAGAUGCGGCGGAGUCUUGGGAGACUGACAAUUUCAGCGCGGUUUUUAUGGUAAUGUGUGAAGAGUUUUGAGAUUUGGGUUUGUUUUGAGUGGUGGGUUUUUGUUCUAGAUGCCCUUAGAUUGAGACUCUGGUUGGCAUUGGCGGUGGAUCUCGUCGGAUUAGGAGGGGAAAUUGUAAUUGUUGUAAGAUGCAGCGGGGGAGAUCGUGAUGUGCAGGGUAGAGAGGAAGAAGUGGUCAUUGAAGAGCUCUAUGGUGAUGGGAUUGAAAGCAUUGGGAGAGAGCAAAGUGGAGAAGCUUAAGAGUUCAAUGGUGUCGCCGAGAUCGAAGAUGAAGCUAUGGAUGAUCCGUGCAAUGACUUCUAUAUUGAUUUGGACGUGCAUCGUGCAGUUGACCGCGCUGGGGGAGACGUGGGGGCCGAGGGUUUUGAAGGGUUGGCCAUCUUGUUUCUCUCAGGAAUCUGCAUCAGUGGAUGCGUUUGGUAUCAUCCCUAAUAAGCCUCUUCCACUUCCCCCCAAAAUAGUUCUUCCUCCUAAGAGGGUGUAUAAGAACAAUGGUUACCUGAUGGUCUCCUGCAAUGGUGGGCUCAAUCAAAUGAGAGCUGCAAUUUGUGACAUGGUAACAAUUGCAAGAUAUUUGAAUGUGACCCUUAUAGUACCUGAGCUAGAUAAAACCUCCUUUUGGGCUGACCCCAGUGAAUUCCAGGACAUAUUUGAUGUACAACACUUCAUUACAUCACUCAGAGAUGAAGUCCGCAUAUUGAAGGAGUUGCCUCCCAGGCUCAAGAAGAGAGUGGAACAGGGAAGGAUUUAUUCCAUGCCACCAAUUAGUUGGUCUGAUAUAUCUUACUACCAUAAUCAGGUUCUUCCUCUUAUUCAAAAGUAUAAGGUUGUGCAUCUAAAUAGAACCGAUGCUCGACUCGCCAACAAUGGUCAACCUAUGGAGAUUCAAAAACUGCGGUGCCGGGUAAACUUCAGCGCGUUGAGGUUCACUUCCCAGAUUGAGGAAUUGGGAAGAAAAGUUAUAAAGCUGCUAAGACAGAAUGGGCCUUUUCUAGUUCUUCAUCUCAGAUAUGAAAUGGACAUGUUAGCAUUUUCUGGGUGCACCCAAGGCUGCAAUGAUGAAGAGGUUGAAGAGUUGACAAGAAUGAGAUAUGCUUAUCCCUGGUGGAAAGAAAAGAUUAUAAACUCUGAGUUGAAAAGGAAAGAUGGGUUAUGUCCAUUAACACCUGAAGAAACUGCACUGACACUGAGAGCACUGGAUAUUGAUCCAAAUAUCCAGAUUUAUAUUGCUGCUGGAGAAAUAUAUGGUGGGAACAGGAGAAUGGCUGCUCUUGCUAAGGCUUUUCCAAAAGUGGUUAGAAAGGAGACAUUGUUGGAACCUUCAGAACUUGGGUUCUUCCAGAAUCAUUCAUCUCAGAUGGCAGCUUUAGAUUAUCUAGUUUCGUUGGAAAGUGAUAUAUUCGUUCCUACAUUCGACGGAAACAUGGCGAAAGUUGUCGAAGGUCAUCGCAGAUUUCUGGGGUUUAAGAAGACAAUCUUAUUGGACAGAAGGCUGCUUGUAGAUCUGAUAGAUCAAUACAACAGAAAACAGCUGAAGUGGGGUGAAUUCUCAUCUGCAGUGAAAGAAGCUCAUGCAGGUCGGUGGGGGAGCCCUACAAAGAGAAUGGUGAUUCCAGAGAGGCCUAAAGAGGAAGAUUAUUUCUAUUCUAACCCAGAAGAGUGUCUGCAGUUGACAGAGGAGGAAGGAUUGAGUAGCAGAAGUGCAUGAUUGACAUAAAUAUAUCUCUAGAUUUUAUUACGGAAGAGAUAUUUAAAUAGAGUUUCCCCGCAUGCAUUCUGGGAACACUAUGAGAGGUCAAUUUCAAAAGAAUCCAACAGAAUCUGUGGAGGACAUGUUUUAAUGUUAUGCCAUAAUAUGCAAUACCUGUAUAGAACAACAAGAACAAGAACAAGAAGAACAAGAACAAGAGCAAAAGCAAGAGCAAGAAGAGAGCAGUUGAAGUUAGAAGAUCCUACACAGAAGAAGAAGGCACAAUUGAUCAGCCAUCUCCAAUUUUUUUUGUUUUUGUUUUUGUUUUUGUUUCUUUCUGAUCAGCCAUCAAUGAUGUGAUUUCGAUAUGUUAUGUUGUCAUGAUAUACCAUAAAUAACACUACAUUUUCACAGUUACUUU